AAUUACCUUUGAUGACUCAGGGAUACCUCCUUGCUUUGAUUACCAUUACAAGAUUUAUUUGGUUUGUUCGUAAUAAGUGUAUUAGGUUUGAUCUUACUUUAAAAGCCUGUCCUGGCACAGAUGUCUUGCUGAACUGUGAAUGGACAUCGAGGCUCCUUUUAAAGGAGACUUAAGCAUUUGUUGCCACAACCGGAUCUGAGCAUAAUACUGAGCUCAAGAAAGAUCAUUUUCUCAACAGAAAUAAUUUAUUAUUGCCAGAGGUAAUGUGAAAUUAUUUAUUUUUUCUUGAAGCAUGUUUUUUGUAAAUGUUUUCCAGAGAUACGUGACUUGAAAUUAAUGACACUCUCCUUUGUAAAGACUUUAUUUCAUUUCAUGUACUCUAUUGACCCCCUGGGAGAAUAUCCAGUCUAGAGAGGAGAAAACGGACGUGGUGCCAAACAGCCACGAAUGCCUCCAGUAGAUGAGGUGUUCGCCUGAAUGCUUCAUGGGGGACUUCAUCCCUAUGCUGUAUUUUGUGUUUUUUGGCAUCUUUGGUUCAUUUGUGGAAGCUUGUCUGUUAGAAUUCCAUAUACAUUUCAUUGGCUUUGAAAGAUAUUGGGGUUGACAUAAACCUACUGAAAGGAAAGUUUGCAUCGAAAGUAAUACAUUUCCUAGUCAAAGAAAACACCAUUGUUCUGGCAUCAGUGGAUGUGAUUUUUGUUUUCUUUUAACUUCCCAGUAGUAGUGAAGCUAUUUGGGUCAGUUAUCUGGUAAUUGUCAGAAGGAAAGUUAUAUGUAUAUUUUACUGGUUAGUGGUUCAGACUGGCCAUAAAGUGGGAGGGAAAAGAAAAGGACCUUCUUCCCCCACACAUGAGGUCAUACUGCUCAUCACAGCUUUAUGAACAUAGUAAGAAACUGAAGUCAUCUCUGACUGAGGUUGUCGAGUUGGAGGCGUAACAUCUCCCAGAAAAGAACUUCUGUGAGAAUUCUGAAAAAUCUGUUGAUGGAGGCUUCUGCCCAUUUAGUAUUGUCAGCAUAUUACUAUUGAUGUCUUACAAUUUCCGGUGUACUUCUCACAUAAACCUAUAGUGCCUCAGCUAGCUGCAUUUUCAUUAUUUUCCACCAGUCCCACCGAUUCAAACUUCCUUCCUUUAACUGUUUGCUUUCAUCUUCUCUAAGCCCUGGGGAUUCUUCUUGGCUUCCAGAAAAAGUCCUCCUUACUCCCUUCUCCCACUCCCCAUUUCUCUUUACAUAGCCUUCUUUGUCUAAAGAGUGUCCUGGUGAUCAGCAAGCUGUGACAGAGUGUGUGUGAGGCCUGGUGGGUAACGACUGACAACUGCAGGUACGUGUCCAGGGCUCUUAGAACCUUAAAAACCUUCUGCCGUAUGAAAUAGGAUAGGGCCGGUCUUUCUUCUUUUGAUUGCUUGCUUUCCUGAUUGCUCUUUUGUAGGAGAUCCAGUAUCUCUUCUACAUACUCAGUCUGUAUUAGGAGUGUUGGAUUUCUCCAUAACUCCCCUCUCCGUCUCGGAAAUAGACCCAAGGCUUCACUCAGGACCAGAAGAUAUAGUUAGGGUGGCAUGACAGAUAGAAAUUAGUGAAAAGUUUAGGCUUAUCCCAAAAAAUAAAUGUUUGAUACAUCUGGGACUUCUUCAAGCUGUCCUCUGCUUUAUAUAGCAAAGGACAAAAUGAAUCACUCCAUAACAAGGGGUCCUAAGAGAUACCAAACUCAAUUAAAAUUGAUUUAACUUGGGGCACCUGGGUGGCUCAGUCGGUUAAGCGGCUGCCUUCCGCUCAGGUCAUGAUCCCAGGGUCCUGGGAUCGAGCCCCGCAUCGGACUCCCUGCUCGGCGGGAAGCCUGCUUCUCCCUCUCCCACUCCCCCUGCUUGUGUUCCCUCUCUCGCUGUCUCUCUCUGUCAAAUAAACAACUAAAAUCUUAAAAAAAAAAAAUUGAUUUAACUUCUGGGGAGCUGUCCAGAUUAUACUCCACAAAUACUAAUAUGAUAAUAUCCAUUUUAGCCAUAAAGCAUCUCAUUGGAUCUCGUGUCUCUUUUCCUAGAUUAUAGAUCAUGGACAGUAAUAGACUGUCUCUCGAACCAAGAGAGUGUAGAUCUCACUGCUUCAGAUUUCCAGCACGGAAGGCGAGCCGUGAAGAAGUAGGCUCACAUGGCUCUGUUGGAGAAUGGCCGUACACGUGACAGGCGGCCUGGCCUGGAGUGGGGCUAACCUUUUCUCAUUUAAAGUUCUCUUUUCCCUCCAGAACUCAUUGGAGAAUCAUUUGCAUGUUAUAUUUCAUCUGCGUUUAUCUCAUCCCAAGCUCUUCAUCCUUCUGUUGAGUUACAUGUUCUCCGGAGUAAAUGUUUUCUACUGUCUGACAGUGUAAAAAAAAAAAAAAAAGAAAGAAAAGAAAGAAAAAGGUGAACGGUGGCACAGUUAGCAUGAAAAAUGGUGAAGAUAGGAAUAGAAAACGGGAAAAUGUAUGUCACUCUGGAAGUUCUGUACAGUAUAAGAAAAGUGGAGCAAUCAAUUUCUAUUAACAUAUAUAUUCUUUUAAAUUUAGGAAUAGACGGACAGUCUGUGGAAGUGUCCAAUAUCGUGGACAUCCGAAAAGAACAUAACCGUGAGAUUGCAAUGAGAAUUUCUUCUAGCAUAAACAGUCAAAACAAAUUUUAUACUGACCUGAAUGGAUAUCAGAUUCAGCCCAGAAUGACGAUGAGCAAAUUGCCUCUUCAAGCAAAUGUCUAUCCGAUGACCACAAUGGCCUAUAUACAGGACACCAAGCAUCGCUUGACAUUACUCUCAGCUCAGUCUUUAGGGGUUUCAAGUUUGAAAAGUGGUCAGAUUGAAGUUAUCAUGGAUCGAAGACUCAUGCAAGAUGAUAAUCGCGGCCUUGAACAAGGUGUCCAUGAUAACAAGGUUACAGCUAAUUUAUUUCGACUACUACUGGAAAAAAGAAGUGUGAAUACGGAAGAAGAAAAGAAGUCAGUCAGUUAUCCUUCUCUCGUUAGCCACAUAACAUCCUCUUUCCUGAAUCAUCCUGUCUUUACAAUGACAGAAAAGAUCCCCGUGCCCACCCUUCAGCUGCUAGGUGAAUUCUCUCCGUUACUGUCAUCUUUGCCUUGUGACAUUCAUCUCGUUAAUCUGAGGACAAUACAGUCAAAGGUGGAUGGCAAGCAUUCCGAUGAGGCAGCCUUGAUUCUCCACAGGAAGGGGUUUGACUGCCGCUUCUCGAGCAGAGACACGGGGCUGCUUUGUUCCACAACCCAGGGAAAGAUUUUGGUACAGAAGCUUUUUAGCAUGCUUACUAUCGCAAGUCUCAUACCUUCAUCAUUAUCCUUGAUGCAUUCACCUCCAGACGCCCGAAAUAUAAGUGAGAUCAACUUGAGUCCCAUGGAAAUCAGCACAUUCCGAAUCCAGUUGAGAUGAACCUGGCUUUCAAAUUUGGAUUGGGAAGCAUUGUCUUUUAUACACUUCUUGGUUUGACGUGCAAUAAGGAAGCACAUUAUUUUAGCUUCUGGCUACUGUGAGGACAUGAAUUCUGUGAUUGUUAUUAUAAUUAUUAUUAUUAUUUUUUUUUUUUACUAGUACAGAAAGAAAAAAAAAAGCCAUGCUAUAGCCAGUUUUUCUUUAAGUUCCAUCCAUGAAUCACCACCAUCAGUAUGAAUCGAUGCAACAAUGAAGGAAGAAA